AUGUACGCCUUCGCUAUUGGUUUACUCCUGGCUGCAUUUCAAGUCAGCUGUGAUGGCGCCCCAGGACGCUUAAUUCUAGAGCCAAUACCUCAUGCGGAUGUCUCUGCGGAAGUCUCUCAAGAGAUACCUAUGGAUGUCUCUCAAGAGAAACCUCCAGAAGUCUCUCAACAGAAACCUGCGGAUAUCUCUCAAGAGAAACCUGCGGAUGUCCCUCAAGAGAAAUCUGUGGAUGUCUCUCAAGAGAAACCUCCGGAUGACUCUCAAGAUAUCACAGAUACUACAGCUACUGCAGCUACUACAGCUACUACAGAUGCUACAGAUAUUACAAUUACUACAGAUACUACGGGUGCUUCAGAUACUACAGAUACUACAGAUACUACAGAUACUACAGAUGUGGAAAACGCCUGCUUAGAAGCCCACAAUUACUGGCGUGCUCAGCAUGGGGCGCCAGCGCUGGUCUGGGAUGCCACAUUGGCUCAACAUGCUCAGUUCUGGGCUGAUCAUCUGGCAGCCACAAACACGUUUGAACAUGCAAAGAACACUGGUGAAGGAGAAAACCUUUUCAAAUCCGGUGGAGACGCGUCAUACAAAGAAGCAGUGGACGCUUGGUACUCUGAAGAAAAACUGUACAAUUACAACAAUCCUGGAUUUAAUAUGGCCACUGGCCAUUUUACGCAGGUGGUUUGGAAAGGCACCACUAAUUUGGGAUGUGCUAUUCAGAAAAGAGGACGGGAAACCUACAUAGUGGCACGCUAUUCCCCACCAGGAAACGUUGUAGGUACUGGCACGUUCGCAAAAAACGUGGGACGAAAGUUUUAGACAGGAGGUUGACCUGAGAGGAGACGAUAAAGGAGGUGCGCCAGAUUUACUGUGAUCAUUGAACACAGAAGUGCGGAAAAUUUUUACUUGUAACAAAUUGUUCAGUGUAGUUCUAGACAGAAAGCGCAAUAAAAGUAACCCGAGGGAUAAAAUUGACCAGCCAUUUCUUCUUUAAUAUUCUUAAAAAAAACGUUAUGACUGUAAAAGGCAUGUGAAAGGCAUACGAAAAGAAAUGCGAAUAAGGAAAUUGAGGCAAAACUGUUAAUAUAAUAGGGGAGGGGGUGGGGAGGAAAAACUGUUGAGACUACCAUCCCACUAGUAUCAGAAUCUGCUGAUAUCACCCUGAUUGGCCAGAUCAUAUCACUGAAUGCUGACAAGUUUAAUUUAAUGAUAAUGAUAAGAAUCAGUUAUUACUUGUUCGUCGUGUCAAUAAAGCAAGUCUCCUCUAAAUACCUUGUGAACACGCUAGGCGCAGGGAGACAAAAAGCUAAUUCUGCAUGAGCAAACCAAGGAAGUGAGGACGUGAAAAAAGAAAUUUCAAAUCAUUAAUUGUUUAUUCCUUAAUCCCCCACACCU